AUGACAGGCCUUCAAACUAAUGAAGCAUGUAGUACUGUCGGAACGUUUACAGAAGUAAUAAUAUCGGGCACAGAUGAUACCAAACAAUUACACGAUACGCCAGUAAAUGUGAAGGGCAGCAUAUCCCAUCAUGCACAAGCAAAACCAGGUAUUGAAAACCAGGUAUUAUCUGCGGAUGAAGCCUCUGCUACUAUAGUUCACUUAAAUAAGCAAUUAGGGAGAUUGCAGCAAUUGCUCAAUCAGAAGAAGCUAAGGAAUAUGCUUUUGGAAAAUAAUGCGAAAUCGUUGAAAUCAAACAACGAAGUUGAAAGAAAGUUACAUAAAGAACAAUUCGAUCAAAUGAAAUAUCAAUCUUACCUAGAGAAGGAGAAACUGUUACGAAACUUGAGAUUAAAAGAUAUGAAAAUACGAAAAUAUAAGAAAAGGAUCAUAAGUAAGAACAAAGAAAUUAAUCGACUAACAAAAAUUCUGAACGAUAAUUCCGUAAAAGAUAAUUUACGAAACCUGUCGCCGUCUGUUGACCGUAAGGAAUCUAUAUCGUCUAAUUCCGAAAUUUAUUCAAGUCAAUAUACAGGCAGUACACCGACGAACAAAUUGAGAACGCUUGGUGUCUUAGCCACAAGGGUACUUAAUGAGGAAUCAGAAGGAUGUUCAGAUGCACAUACUAUAUUAGAAGAAUCAGAUCCUUCACCAGUUGAUCCAAAUGCAACAGAACUAGAAUAA